UGGCUUGGAAAUAAACAUGAACAACGGUCCUUAACAGGAAAAGUAGUCCAAGUCAGUCUUCAGUGCCAAGAUUCCGAUUCGCCGGACGUUUGUGCCGUAUUCAGGGUCAUUGGCAGAGACGUUGAGUCCCAAGAAACAUCUCCUGCCGGUGCCAGAAAGGAGAACUCCGAGCGAACCAGCCAAUUGGGAUUGGUGGUGGGAAUCGUCUGCGGUGUUUUAUUGGCAUUCAUUUUGAUGGGAGUCACUGUUUUCUGGACGAUAUGCUGGAAGCAACAGAAAGAAAGGUUGGCACGAAAAAUUCAGCUUCAUGUCCUACUGCAGCAGCGGAUGCAAGAGCAAAACUCGGCCAUGUUUCGCAAUAUGCCCAGGCCGUAUUCCGGUGCCCAAGAGACGAUGCCGCAGUCCACAUUGGAACUGUUUCAAAACUACUCGGGCUCCAGCUACAACCCUUUUACGGACUCUCGCUGCUGGGAUCAGAGCAGCGUAUCGAAUGGAUGUUAUGGGGUGCACGGAAAGAUGUUCGGCAAAAACGACCACCUGCCUCCCCCUCCGCCAUACCCGCACAACAAGAAGCGACUAUAUUUCAGUCCUGAAUUUUUCGACCCCAAAUUGAUGGCUAACCCGCCGCCGCCAGCCGAAGAAUUUCUCUCGGAGGUACGACGGAUGAUCAACCUGGCUAAACUGCGUAUUCGUGGCCGACGGUACACGCCAUCGCUUAACGGUAUACCGGAAGAGGACCGACUGUCGAUUAGCUCAGAACAGGCAUUUGAUGCCAACAAGCACAGCGAUACACUGAAAACCUCCGUCUCGCAGAAGUACUUGCAGGAAACAAAGCCGGACGGCGACGGCCUGCACUCCAGCACUGAAUCGUCGCCAGAGUCAGCCGAUUCCGGAGUGUCCUCAGCCGGUUCCUCAACCGACCACCGAACUUCGUCAAGCGAAAACGGUGUCAAACUUUCCGGAACGGUGGUGGCGACGACCAGUUUCAAUAAGGUGCCCGCAGAAGGCGGCAACUCAGAGAACGUCAAUCAUUGGUUGAACCGAAUCAACGAGCUUGGUGAAGAGUACCCUCGGUCGCAGACUAUUUUUCACGAGGUCGGAGGUGGUCGCAGUCCUGACUUUUACCGGUUUUUUACUAGACGUCCUGGCGACGCGCCCGACGAUGUCGAGCCCCAGACGUCGAAGGACUUCACGUUGAACCUACCGAUGACUGACGACCGCUCGCGCGUGCGCCUGCAUCCGGAUAUGGAGCCAAUGAUGUACGAACGCCGCUACUCCUUGCCGUCGAUAAUGUCGCCGGCGCCACCGCAUAACUACCCGUGGCCUUGCCGUUUUAACAACGACAUAUCCUCCACUGAGGAUAUGCUCCGGUUGCAAAUGCAGAUUAGCCGGAAACUGAACGAGGAGCGCUACUUCGGUGAGCCGAGCAACAGCCUCCCUAAAAGGCUGGCACAUUUCCUCGCCAGCCCUGAACUACGGGUCGACUGUCAAGAUCUGUUCCACAACUUACCCUACGCUGAAAGCCUGCCUCGGGGCAAAGCCUUGCAUCGGCCAGGUCUUCAUCCGUAUCUUUUCGUCAACGAAAACGCGUCGUCGAGGCCACAGAAAAGCGACACGUCACCCAUUUAA